GAUAUGAACUCUCAGUUUCUCUCCUUCAACUUCUGUUACUUUUAUUCCCGAAAGCGUCUUAUUUUUCUGUGUCAAAAUGAAAGAGGAAGCACAUUUUUGACACCUCUCCUUUCGUACAGAUAACCGCAAGCAUUCUGCAAGCAUAUCGUUAAACACUUCCCUCCAUUAACGGUUGUGUUCCAGUAAAUACAGAAUGCUUUUGAGUCAGUUCCAGAGCUCGAAGCCAUGGAUUACACCCUCUCCAGUAUCCAGACUGUAUCGGAUUCCAUCUCCAGAAAGGAAAUCAAUGCUAUGUCAGUUAUGGUGGACAAAGUCUUCAUCUUCAAAUGCACAGGACUUCAUAAUAUUCAGAGGAGGGAAGUUGAAGGCCAUUUCCCAAAGGAUGCAGGAUAAAUUGCACUCAAUUGCUUCUGUGAGUGUUCCAGAUAAGUCAAAUGCCACAAGAUUUUGGACAGACAGGAAUGAUAGUUCUCAGAAUUCGUUGGAUUUGCAGGAUCAUCGAGCCGUUACGUCAUUGUAUUUGCUUCUCAGACUGACACAACUAAAUGUUGUCAAUACAUUGGGAAAGCUGAUCCAAGGCUCACUUCCCCAUUUGUUCCCAUAUUAUAAGGCUACCAGCUUGUCUUUUGCUUGUACAUCUAAUUCCUUGAAUAAACCUAUGCCUCUUAAGUUGGAUGUAUCCUUUCCUUCAUUUCAAGAUAUCAGUUGGAACCUUUCACGUUUACUCUAUCUGUUCAACGUUCAACUUGAAAAGAAUGUUGCCACGUUUCUUGUUGUGCUUCUUCUAUCCUGCUUCUCCUUUGUAAUCAUUGGUGGUUUCCUGUUUUUCAAGUUCAGGCGAAGCACGCAAUCUCUAGAAGACUGUUUGUGGGAGGCCUGGGCAUGCCUGUGUUCCUCAUCAACGCAUCUAAAACAAAGAACACGUGUGGAACGGGUUAUAGGUUUUGUUCUAGCUAUUUGGGGCAUCUUGUUUUACUCUCGGCUAUUGAGCACAAUGACAGAACAGUUCAGGAAUAAUAUGCAAAGGCUCAGGGAAGGGGCACAAAUGCAAGUUCUGGAGACUGAUCAUAUUGUUAUCUGUGGAAUAAACAGUCAUCUGACUUUCAUACUAAAGCAACUUAAUAAAUACCAUGAGUACGCUGUCCGUUUAGGUACUGCUACAGCUAGGAGGCAAAGAAUUCUCCUUAUGUCUGAUCUUCCAAGGAAACAGAUGGACAAAGCAGCAGAUAACAUUGCCAAGGAUCUCAACCACAUUGAUAUCCUUACAAAGAGUUGCAGCCUUAACUUAACAAAAUCAUUUGAAAGAGCUGCAGCUGAUAAAGCACGUGCCAUUAUCAUAUUGCCAACAAAGGGAGAUCGGUACGAAGUUGAUACUGAUGCAUUUCUCUCGGUAUUAGCCCUUCAACCUAUUCCGAAGAUGGAAUUAGUGCCUACUAUUGUAGAGGUAUCAAGUUCCAAUACAUGUGAACUCUUAAAGUCAAUCUCUGGACUGAAAGUUGAGCCUGUAGAAAACGUUGCAUCCAAAUUGUUUGUCCAAUGUUCUCGUCAAAAAGGGCUAAUAAAGAUCUACAGGCACUUGCUAAAUUAUCGAAAAAAUGUAUUUAAUCUUUGCAGUUUUCCUGAUCUAGUGGGUAUAAAAUAUAGGCAACUGAGAUGUGGAUUUCAGGAGGCAGUUGCUUGUGGUAUUUAUCGAAGUGGGAAGAUAUACUUUCACCCGAAUGAUGAUGAAAUAUUGCAGGACAAUGACAAAGUAUUGUUCAUCUCACCUGUCCAUAGGAGAAGGAAAGAGCUUGCAUGUUCAGAUGUUGUCAAAGGCAGCAAAAGUUGGCAAGUAUUGGAAAAUGGUGAUGAUAAUUCAAAUUGUGCCUUGGAACUGGAGAAAAAGCGACUUGGAAAUAUUGUAAGACGUCCCAGCAAAAAAAGAUCAAAGGCAUCAGACUGGAAUCAAGGACCUACAGAAUGCAUACUUUUACUUGGGUGGCGCCAGGACAUUGUGCAGAUGGUUGAAGAGUAUGAUAAUUAUCUUGGUCCUGGCAGUUUAUUGGAAAUAUUAUCAGAUGUACCACUAAAAGACAGGAAAAAGGAAAAUGACAGAGCUGGUGUGAACAAACUGAAAAAUAUCCGAGUAUCUCACAGGGUAGGAAACCCCAUGAACUAUGAUACAUUAAAAGAGACCAUACUCAAUAUCCAAAGUUCUUUUAAGAAAGGCAAAGAUAUUCCAUUUUCUGUUGUUGUAAUAUCUGACAGAGAAUGGCUUUUUGGAGAUUCUUCCAGGGCAGACAAGCAAUCUGCAUACUCUCUUCUCCUUGCUGAAAACAUCUGCAAGAAAUUCGGUGUUAAGGUACAAAAUUUAGUUGCAGAGAUUGUUGAUUCUAAAUUGGGAAAACAAAUUACAAGAAUUAACCCCUCACUAACUUAUAUUGCGGCGGAGGAAGUCAUGAGCCUUGUAACAGCUCAAGUGGCAGAAAACAGUGAGUUGAACGAGGUGUGGAAGGAUAUUCUGAAUGCAGAAGGUGAUGAGAUAUAUGUGAAGGACAUUAGCCUCUAUAUGAAAGAAGGGGAGAAUCCAUCAUUCUCUGAGCUUGCUGAGAGGGCACAUUUGCGGCAAGAAGUUGCUAUAGGCUACGUGAAAGGCAACAAGAAGGUUAUCAAUCCAAUUCCAAAAUCAGUACCCCUCUCCCUUAAAUUAACAGAUUCAUUAAUCGUUAUAUCUGAGAUUGAAGGCGACCAAGCCAUUGUUGCCUAAUUGUGUAACACAUUCUUCAUUUGUUCAUGCUCCUUGUUUUCUUGAUUUUUUUUUUCUUUCCAUUGUCUUUCUUUUUUUAUUUUUUAAGAACUAAAGCUGAAAAGUACCACAUAAAAUUUGCCAUGAAAAGCCACAAACUGAUGAAAAGAUGUAAAAGCAAAACUGAUUAAUCCAAUGAAAUUUCCUUCAGGACUG